AUGGCGGCCUCCUGGAUUGCCGUGGGUCGUGUUUAUGUCAGGGGUGUCGUGGGUAGAGGGCUGGAUGGGGGCACACUGGGCUGUGCGGUCCGCAAUGUGGGACGUGUGAGUACACCAAGCUGGAGACAUCACAGCGCUCUGCAGUCCCAGGCCGGAGAGAAGGUCACCCACACCGGACAGGUAUAUGAGGAAAAGGACUACAGGAAAGUAAGAUUUGUUGGGAAACAAAAAGAGGUGAAUGAGCAGUUUGCUAUUCAGUUGAUUGCGGAACAGCCUAUUAAUGAAUCUGAAAACCGAAUUGUAUCAUGUGAUGGAGGAGGUGGAGCUUUGGGCCAUCCUAAAGUAUACAUUAACUUGGACAAAGAAACAAAAUCUGGAACUUGUGGAUAUUGUGGGCUUCAGUUUAAACAGAAGCAUCAUCACUAA